GCAGUUUUGUAUAAAAGACUCUGUCUGAUCAGAGUGGAGUAUCAGUCAACGUUCGUUCUCAUCGUUCUACAAGCUGCACACUCAAAUCCCAAUCAAAAUGUUCAAAGCUGUGAUGAUCUGCGCUCUCUUCGGCCUUGCCCUUGCUGCCGUCCACCAGCCCCAACCCCAACAUGUUGAGCACCACGUUGUUGGUCACCCGGAUGAUGUGCACGCUGAGGUUCUUUCCCGCAAGGAUGAUGUGCGCGCCGAUGGCUUUGAUGCAUCCCUAGAGACCAGCAACCACAUCACCCGCCAGGACAGCGGUGAUGAGCACGGCAACAUUCAGGGCAGCUACGGCUGGAUCUCUCCCGAGGGCCAGCACAUUGAAAUCAAGUUCGUCGCCGACGAGAAUGGUUACCAGCCAACUGGUGAUGCCAUCCCCGCUGUCCCUGAACAUGUUGCCCGCACUCUGGCCUGGAAUGCUGCGCACUCCCACGAAGAGGUUGCUCACCAUGUCCACCACUAAGAAGUUUUCGCUGGCUGAGAUAACGCUUAGCUAAGAACCUGGAUCGUCCUAUUGAUUAGUCUCUGAAACGUCGUGAUAGUCUUUAAGCUCUUCAAUUCAAAAAAAAAUCUUAAAUCU